AUGCUCUCGGCACUCCUCCUGCUGGGCUUGGCUUCCCUCCCCUGGAGCUGGGGCUCCCAGGUGUGCCAGUGUCACUGCACCUGGCCAGAGGGACAGGGGAGGAGGGGCCUGCAGGGGCCCAACAGGCAGACGAGGCAGCUCCAGCACCACCAGCACAGGCAGCGGCACCGGCUGCGAGGGUCAAAGUCCCAUUCUGAGGAGUUCCCGCCCUACAUCAUUGAUCACCCAACAGACUUGGUGGUUCGUUGGGACCAGCCUGCCACCCUGAACUGCCGCGUGGCAGGGAGCCCGGCACCCACUAUUGAGUGGUACCGCAAUGGGGAGUAUGUGGAAACGAGCAAAGACAACGUUUAUUCCCAGCGCACCCUUCUGCCCGAUGGGUCGCUCUUCUUCCUCCGCCUCAACCAGCGGAAGGGCCAGUCCGACGAAGGGGUGUACACCUGUGUAGCCACGAACCACCUGGGCACAGCCAGCAGCAAGAACGCGUCCCUGUACAUUGCCGCACUGCGGGAAGAUUUCCGGCUGCAGCCCAGCAACCUGCUGGUGACGGUGGGGGAGCAGGUGCUGUUAGAGUGUGCGCCCCCGAGGGGGCAUCCCGAGCCCACCAUCUCCUGGAAGAAGGACGGGGUCCCCAUAAGCCAGAAGGCUGGCCAUUACGAGGUCUCCAGCGGGAAGCUCCUGAUGGUGCACGCCCAGAGAAGUGAUGCGGGGCUGUAUGUGUGUGUGGCUUCCAACCAGGCAGGCCAACGAGAGAGCAAAGCUGCCCUGGUGUCUGUCCUGGAAAAGCCAACGUUCACUCGCAGACCCAGUGAUAUUGUGGCCAAAUUUGGCAGCACCGUCCAGCUGGGGUGUGGUGUUGAGGGGGACCCACUGCCCAAAGUAUGGUGGCACAAGGAGCACGGAGAGCUGCCCUGGGGCAGGCACGAGGUGGACGAGGAGAACACCUUGCGGAUUCAUUAUGUGACGACGUUUGACUCCGGCAGGUACAUCUGCACGGCCCAGAACCAGGUGGGCACCGCCUCGGCCAAGGCCUCGCUCACUGUGCAGGACCCCCUGGACACUGGCCAGAGGGAGUGGCCGAAGGACGUCCCGCGGGAGAUGAUGGACGUCCAGCUGUACCUGGACAACAGCACUGCGCUCCCCUCCUCAUCCGCCGUCUACCUGCACUGGAAGGUGAUCCGCCCGUCCCAGCACACCGAGGGUCAUGCUGUGCUGUACCGCUCCCUGCUGCCGGUCAGCACGGACUGGGUUGAAUGGAAGGUGCCCAGGGAGCACAGCAUCAUCAUCCCAGCCCUCAAGAGAGGCUACAAGUAUGAGUUCAAGGUUCGGCCCUAUGCCGGGAAGGUCCAUGGCCCGGACAGCAACAUCAGGCACCUCUGGAUCCCGGAGGAAGUGCCUAGCGCAGCUCCUCAGCAUGUCACCAUCACGGCAGUGGAGGAUGGGAAUGGCACAGCGCUCAUCAGCUGGGACCCCCCUCCCCACCACGCACACAACGGCAUCAUCCGGGGCUACAAGGUCUGGUACCUGGGCAAUGAAACUCACCAUCGCUCUAACAGGACCGUGGAUGGAGGGACACACAGUCUGGAAACAGUCUUGCUGCCGGCUGGGGUUAAAUACUGUAUCCAGGUGGCAGCCUUCAAUGGAGCUGGGCUCGGGGCGCCCAGCAAUGCCACAUGCAGCAGCGUAGAGCCCUUGGUGGGAAAGAUGGCCAGGACCCCGGCGGUGCUCUCCGUCAGCCACAUCCUGGCAGUGAUUCGCCAGCCUGUCUUCAUCGCUAGUGUGGGCUCGCUGCUCUGGCUCGUGCUGAUGGUGCUGGCUGUCUACCUGUGCCAGCACCAUGCCAGGCAUUACAGCCGAGAACAGCAGCAUGCCCUGGGCAAAGGUCUGUGCCGAUACUCCAGUGAAGACACCAUCGUCAAGCACAGGAUGGACGUGAGUGACUCCCCGUGGCUGGCUGACAGAUGGAAAGCCACCUCCUGCUCCAAGACCUUCAGCAGCAGCAGCAGCAGCAGGUCGAGCAGCCAGCUCCUGUGGUCUGAGACCAAAGACAGCCUGGACUUCCACCGCUCCACCGUGUCCUUUGACAGGCCAAGCCAGAGCUCCCAGAUCCUGGCCGUCCCACGGGGGCCCGACAGCAGCAGCCUGUACAGGGUGCUCUAUGUCGACCUUCCUGCCAAGGACAUGCAAACCUUCCACCGCCCUCCGCUGCCCAGCACCCCUGGCCCUCACCGCAGAGCCGCGGAGCCCGGGGGACCCACUGACCCCAGGCUCGGGCCCCGUUACAGGCAGAGCCUCGGCAUGGAGAGCGGCUGUGCGGGGGGAGCCGAAAAGAGAGGGCUGUGGAAGCCAGCGGGCCCCGGGCCCCCCGGCCUCACCCUGCAGGGUCCCUUGGAGAGCAGCAGCAAGAGAGAGCUGCAGCAGGCGCACAGCACCCCUGUGCUGUCACCCAGCCUCCCGGCAUACUCCACCAGCCCUAGCAGAGCGCCCAGCACCAGCAGCUCAGGAAAGCGUCACGCAGGCAAAGGAGAGGAUACCAAAGUGCUGAAAACCUUCAGCUCCCCCAAGCUGCUGCAGUCCAGAGGCUCACUGCACGGAACUGGCACAUUGCCCCCCCCUCCAGCUCCUCCCACUCCGCACGGCCCCCAGGGCCAGGGCAUGCUGCCAGAGAGCAGAGACGGAGGGGAGGCAGCCAGGCCUUUCCCAGCUGGAGAGUUGCAGCCAAGCACAGAGAACACCCUUCGGAGUGUGCUGCCCUCACCCUCGCUGCCCUACCGCGCUGCCUCUCCCGCACCCUCGCUCGGCGACGACGGGGAGGCCGUGCUGACACCGGACCAGGUGGCCGCGUACCUGGAGCUCAGCGCGGAGGCCGAGUGCCAGAGGCACCGGCAGGAGAGCGCCUUCUCCCCCCCGCACACCUACGGGUACAUCUGCGGCCCGCUGCGCUCCGAGCUGGGGGCGGGGCCUGCCCCCGAAGAGGACGACGACCCCGACGCGGAGGGGGGCGGCUGUCAGUCCAUGCCCUUCUUGCACCGGUACUGCCGGACGCCCUCGUCCAGCCGCAGCGAGGCGGAGGGCUCGCUGGGUGGCUCCCUGCUCAACGGCUGGGGCUCGGUCUCCGAGGAGAACUUCACCAGCACACGCUGCAGCCUGGUCAGCUCCUCCGACGGCUCCUUCCUCGUGGACGCCAACUUCGCGCAGGCCCUGGCCGUGGCCGUGGACAGCUUCUGCUUUGGGCUGAGCCCGAGCGAGGCCGAGCAGGCCUACCCAGACUUCUCGCCGCCCGCUUCCCCGCUGGAUGGGCUCCUUCCCCGUCCCGAGCGCUGGGAGGGUGCGGCGUGGGCUGGAGCGGAGCCCCUUCCCCUUCCCACCUGGGAGUGGAGCACCGGCUGGCUGGAGGACAUGGAGGCCAAGUACUCCCAGAGGCCCGAGGGGACACCUGCCGCUGAGAAGCCAGAGGGGAAGGCAGCACUGAACGGGACCCGGCCCCUCGCUGGGCCAAACGGUGCCUGCAUGGCGGAGUCCAGCAGCCCCACUGCGGGGACGAUGGGAGAGUGCCCGGCCCCCUGCCCUGCUGCCCACAGUCCCAUGCCAAACAGCUCUGCCAUUCCCAGGAGGGGCGAGAAGACCAGGGUCGUGCUGCAGCCGCUGGACGCGGGGGCGACAGGAGUCCAGGCGUAG